UUUUUACCUCUGAGUCUGAAACACUUGACGCUGAUGGUCGAUUGGUGCUUUCAAAGUGCACCCUGCAGUCAGCUUGACCUUGAGCUGAGAGUACAGCACUGAUAUUAGAUAUGUGCACACAGAUACUCUCAUCUGGACCUUCAAAUAAACACACCGCAGCUAUCAGGCCACAUUCCUGCACACCAACAUCUUCCCCCCCUUCCCCCCAGUAAAGAAACAACCGAACAGCCACUGUUAAUCCACUCCUCAGGCCUCCUUUCUACCUCUCCUUUCCCAGGACAUUUGCCAAGGUUACAGAGACGGGAGGGGAGGGAGGCUGACACAAAGAAACACAAGGGGGUGAGCGUCAUGCAAAAUGCAUGAGACACUGGAGAGGGGGGAGAAGUCUGAGCUGAGCAGCUCCGGAUGAGGAUUUUUUGGAGCCGUGGCGUCACAGGGCAGCCUCACAUCUUCGAGUCGUGGGACAGUAAAUUCCACUGCUGCUCGAUUGCAUCAGGAGUCAGCUGACAGGAGAAAGAAGAGAAGAAACUGUGAGAGGGGCGAGGAGGGGGGUAGGAGAGGAGGGUCUGUGAGGCUCUGGAAUCAGCAAGAAGGGGGCCGGGCCUCUCUGACAAUGCUUCUCUCCAAUAAGGACUUUCGCAAUGCAAACUCUGACCUGUGGACUUAGUGCUCAGGGAGCAACGUGUCGGGAGCGUCCGGCGCCGGCUGCUUGCGGGAGGACACAAACCGCACGGUGACUUUGUCUAGAGCCUGUCGUCAGCUCAGGAACCGAGAUGCAGAGCGUCCCGGAGGAGUGGAGGGAAGGACAGGAUGGGAGGACGGGGGACGUGCUAGUCAAGAGGAAAGGGAACGAGGAGAUGAAGGGAGACGGGAGGAAGAAUGGAGGGACAGGUGGUGAAGAGGUGGAGAAGGAGUCAAUGAUGAUGGAGCUGACGAGGCUGGUGCAGAAGGUGGUGAAAGAGAGCAGCUGGUGGGAGAGGAGGGGGAUCGACUGCAGCAUCCUGGCAGCAGCCUUUCUCAGUCUGCCACCCGCCUUCCUGCUGCUGGGCUCCUCUCGGCUCCUGAGCUUCUCAGCCGGCGUGCUGCUGAUGGGCGUCGCCCACGCCAUCAUCACCGUCAAAGGGACACACCUGGCCAGCCACGGGGCUCUGAGCGAGUCACAGGCCUGGGCGAAGUUCUGGGCCGUCUUCUUCAUCGAGAUCUGCGGCUCCUUCUCAGCGCGAGCCGGCAUUCAGGGCCACAUUAAGAUGCAUCACGCUCACACUAAUGUCAUCGGACUGGGAGACUCCAGCAUAUGGAAGGUCCCCUUCUUGCCUCGCAGCGUCUACCUGUUCGUAGCUCCCCUGGCUGUGCCCAUCAUCACUCCCCUGGUUGCACUCGCUCAGCUCAAAGGACACUCUUUGGCUCACGUCGUUAGGACCGUCCUGAUGGUAACGCUGGGCCUGUAUUCGCAGUACUGGCUGCUGAUCCACGUCUCCGGGUUCCUGUCACCUCUCACCGCUCUGCUCUGCAUGCUUGUGUGCAGAGCGAUGUUCUCUGUGCCGUACAUCCACGUCAACAUUUUCCAGCACAUCGGCCUCCACAUGUUCUCCCCGACCCGUCGACCGAAGAGGAUCUACCAGAUGACGCACGGAGUCCUGAACCUGCCGCGUAACUUCCUGCUGGACUGGAUGUUCGGACACUCGCUUAUCAACUGCCACGUGGAGCAUCACCUCUUCCCCUUCCUCUCCGACCACAUGUGUUUAAAGGUGAAGCCCGUCGUGUCCAAGUAUCUGACUGAAAAGCAGCUUCCGUACCAGGAGGACAGCUACGUCUCCCGCCUGCGCCUUUUCUUCCACAAGUACCAGGAACUGAUGGUGUUCGCCCCGCCGAUCACAGAGCUGGUGGGAGUGCAGUGAUGGAGAGGCAAACAGCAUAAGCCGAGAGAAAACCUGUUCAGACUGACGACUGCUGCUGUUCAGAAGCUUCCGUGUUUGCGUGCGUUUCUGGCUCCAAGGUCCAGGUUUGAAUAGUGUCUAGAGUAGGUUUUUAACCAAUGACACACUGAUACGUGAUCUUAGGAAAUCUUUUGUGGUUGAUUUUUUUAAUUAUUAUGUUUAUGAAUGAAUAUCCUGUGCUUUUAGAGGUAAUGUAAUAAAUAGCACAAAAGCUGA